CUCCAAUGUCUUUCUUUUACUAACUCGAGGUUUUCUUGCAAUAACGUUAGCACGCUAUGCCUGCCUAUAUUUUUCGUGUGUCUGACAAAGUCUCGGCCCAGUCUCCACCGAACUAGUGGAACAUGUGCAAGUUGCUUUGAAGCGGGUUGACCUGUCAUUCUGCUGAGUUUUAAGUGUUAUUGUGUGAUUUCUUGCAGAGAUAUCUCGUCAACUUGAUUGUGUAUGGGUCAUUCAGGCCCAUGUGGUAUCAAUGAUUUCAAAUUGACGUGUUUUACGGAGUAAAUGGCGUAAAAAACCCGCCGUGAUGUCCAGUAAUACAAGUUGGAGAAUUGACGACAUGGAUGGUGGACUUGAUGGCGGUCUAGCCUCAGAGUUGUUGAAUCUGUCUGGCUUAGGCAAUGAAUAUGGAGCAGACGGUGCAUAUAACAUGAGCAAUGUGCUCAACUUGUCACUCUUCAAGGAGGAGCCACCAGGUGUUCACCAGAAUAUGGAUACAAUUGGUCCUGAUCCAUCGUCUGUUAGAGAAGUAUCUACGGAGGUGACUUCUUUGGAUUCUUCUUUGCAAACAAAACAGGAGACGUUAAUGGCUUGUGGGAUGUUGCCAUCUCAACCAUCACAAAUGUCAUCUUCCGGGAGUGUAGAUGGGACGAGCUUGAGUUAUGGAUUUAUUCAUAUUUUGAAAGCUCCGACCUCCCCAACAAAGAAGCUUGAAGAAGACUCACUGACAUAUCUCAACCAAGGGCAGCCUUAUUUGCUGGAGAUGCUGUAUCUUCCAGUGGAAGGAGCAAAGUUCGAGGGUCAAUAUAUGAAGAGUGUUGUAAAGCUCUGCUUUUAUGAGAGAAAGCUUCAAGUUCAAGAAUCUGAAAAAUAUGAGGAAUGGAAAAACAACCGACCAGCUGACAGAAUUCUUGAAAUAGAUGUUCCCAUGUCAAGUGGAGUGUCAAGCAUCAGAAGUAAGGGAAACUUACUUAAUUGUUAUGAAUUUGAGUGGGAUCCAAGCAAGGGAUCAGAGGUUUACAUCAUUGUAAGUGACAGAAGCUUAGACUGUAUACUUUUACUAUUGUUUAUUUGUUUAUUCAUAUCUAUAACAAAAUUUUUGAUUGUGAUUGGUUCUCUUCUUGAUCAAAGCAAUGUGCUCAACUUGUCACUCUUCAAGGAGGAGCCACCAGGUGUUCACCAGAAUAUGGAUACAAUUGGUCCUGAUCCAUCGUCUGUUAGAGAAGUAUCUACGGAGGUGACUUCUUUGGAUUCUUCUUUGCAAACAAAACAGGAGACGUUAAUGGCUUGUGGGAUGUUGCCAUCUCAACCAUCACAAAUGUCAUCUUCCGGGAGUGUAGAUGGGACGAGCUUGAGUUAUGGAUUUAUUCAUAUUUUGAAAGCUCCGACCUCCCCAACAAAGAAGCUUGAAGAAGACUCACUGACAUAUCUCAACCAAGGGCAGCCUUAUUUGCUGGAGAUGCUGUAUCUUCCAGUGGAAGGAGCAAAGUUCGAGGGUCAAUAUAUGAAGAGUGUUGUAAAGCUCUGCUUUUAUGAGAGAAAGCUUCAAGUUCAAGAAUCUGAAAAAUAUGAGGAAUGGAAAAACAACCGACCAGCUGACAGAAUUCUUGAAAUAGAUGUUCCCAUGUCAAGUGGAGUGUCAAGCAUCAGAAGUAAGGGAAACUUACUUAAUUGUUAUGAAUUUGAGUGGGAUCCAAGCAAGGGAUCAGAGGUUUACAUCAUUAUCAACUGUGUCAGUUCAGAAUUUACUAAAGGAAAGAGUGGGGGUGAGAGUGGGGUUCCAUUCAGGCUGCAAGUGGAUUCUUUCUCCCCCAAUUCGUCAACAGAUGCUCUUCCAAUCCACAGUGCAGGCUGUCAAGUCAAGGUGUUUAAAUCGAAAGGUGCAGACAGGAAGCUUAAGGUUGAGAUGCAGAAACUUGAGCACAAAACAAAAGAAGAGUUGGACCAGUUGAGACCCACUCUGGCAUACACAGAACUCACUGAACUGCCACUGAAUUUAGAGGAUGACAGCAGUUCUUGUUGGAUGUCUCCAGGGUCAGUUGCUGGCUCAAUGUCUUCACCUUCUUCAACUUGCCAAGUCAUGUCUGGAUCCUUGUCAUCACCUGUGUCAGCUUGUCAAGUGAUGUCGACUCCUCCGUCAACAGUUCAGGUGAUGUCGCCAUCCAGUAGUGUAUUAUCCAGCCCAUCUUCAACUGGCAUAACGCACUGCACUGGAUUAACUUCAGAAUCCUCUGUUGAUGAAACAAGACUCUGGUUGCAGAAUAACAGAUUUCAAAACUAUCUCAACAUGUUUGCCAAUUACACAGGAGCGGAUCUUCUAAGAUUGACUAAGCAAGACAUGAUUCAGAUCAUGGGUCCAGCAGAUGGUAUACGCUUACAUAACUCAUUACAAGCCAGGGCUGCUCGUCCACUUUUAACAAUGUACGUUUGCCUGGAGUCUGCGCAGCAGAACUCUGGUAUGAAAGAAUACUAUGCCAUGUUCCUUGAAGCCUUAAAUCUUGGUGAACUUAGAAAAAAACUUGCUCUGAAAUGUAGCCUCCGUGUCGAGCAGAUUGUAGCAAUAUAUAGACAAGGGCCAACAGGAAUAUAUGUACUAGUUGAUGACGAGAUGGUGAGAAAUUUUGUAGACGAAGGUCAUUUUAUUGUACAGCUUCUCAGGGAAGAAGACAACACUUAUCAACUCAUUUUAAAGUAAAAGGUGGCUUAACCGUAUUCUUGUAUGAAGGAAGGUGACGCAUACUAGCAAUGCAAAUGCGCAAUGCAGAAGACAGUGGCUGUCAUGGUUUCAGCUCUAGAUGGCUGGUGCAUUUUGUUCCACCCAAAUCUUAUAUAAUUAAAUUAAGAUAUUCCUUCCAAGAUGGAUACUUUCAAUAUCUUCACAUCUAUCGGCACCUAUAUUAUAGCUGAAGGAUUGUUGAACAUCUGUUGCUGCGAAGUACUUGAUGGCAUGCAGCAGAAUUAUUAGGGGAGAACAUUAAAGCUGUGUAUUGCUCGUCAGUUUUGGCUAUACUGAGGUGAACAUUGUGAGAUAGCCAGAAACUUAUGUACACAACAAAAUGAGAUCAAGAGGUUUCCCUGGCAAAAUUUAAACUGUGACAAUAUGGAGCAGAAAGAGCAGAAAGGAUUAUGACUGUGUUAAAUUAUUCAGAAGAACUUCCAUUAUUCAGUGAGCUCAAAGCUUGCCAAGUUGUGUUGUUCUGUCAUGACAGAGAUUCAAGGGCCUUAAAGGCAGUGUAAAAUUUAUCAAUCCAUAUUCUUGAAAAUGACAAUGAUUUUAAACAGAAUCAUUUAGCUCUAGGAAUUCUCACUUUUUAAUUGGAAAA